ACAUGCGCAUAAACGCUUCCGGACGGCAACAUCCGCAUUCCUGUGAUAUUGACAUUAGGCUUAGCAACACAGUCAACAAUAAUGUCAAAGCGCGAAAAUUUGAACAAAUUAAGGGUAAAUUCGCUGAAAGAAAUAGCUCACGAUCAAGGAAUAGAAAUUAAGAAGAAGAAAAAAGAAGAUCUAAUUAGAGAAAUUUUGACUAGCCAAGUGCCAUUGAUCGACUUAACACCAGUGACCAAGUCUAAAGAAGUCCUAGCAGAAUGUAUCUCACCAGCAACAGGAGAAAACGAGAAUUUGCCACCUUAUAACGCUGUACAUUACAAGAUACAGGACCAGUCACAGAUUCCAACCAUUUCAUUUUCUGAUAUAUAUAACUUCAUGAUUCUGAGACCCAAAUCGACAGGAGGUAGUGUGAACAAUUUUAAGGGGUUGGACAGAGCAGUGAAACAUUUUGAAGCUGGCCAUGUCCAGGAUAUUAGCGUGUCAGAGAUAAAUACUAAUAUUAUAUACAUCAGCGCCAAGUGCCAGGCUUCGAUGAAGAAGCACCAAUACCAGGUUUACUUAUGUUUGUCUAGGAAUGGACAGUCUGUGACUAACAUACAUCAUGGAUAUUGUCAGUGUCCUGUGGGGCUAGGCCAGAGCUGUAGCCACAUUGGGAGUUUACUCUUUGCACUGAGUCAUAUCAAGCCCCAGGAAAGCUGCACGAGUAAGCCCUGCAAAUGGGUAGUACCCAAAGGAAGAUCUAAAAAACCCACUGGUAAGUAA